AUGGCUGUUAUAAUAAGCCAUUCGUCAUUCGUGAGGCACAUUCCAUACUCUAAGCAAAACAUCGUACCGUAUUCUGCUAAGCCACCCCAACAUUUGAGGAAUAAUGAGAAUGUUGAACCUAAAUUAACUUUAAAAAAAAAAUUCGUAUACGAUACAAAAUUCGAAGGUUGCUUCCAUUACAUAAAUGAUGAUAAAAUGGAAUGA